AUGCCUCAUCUUUCUACGCCGUCACUGUUGUCUCCACCUCAGCAGGCCACCGUGCUGCGCCCAAGCGACCAGUUUGCAGACGCGGGCCGCUGUCGCAGCACGGGAUGCAGGAUUCGACUCUGCUAUAACACCUUCGGUGCGGUAAAGAGCCCGUGCGUGCUACUCGUCAUGGGCCUCGCUUCCCCAGGACUCUUCUGGGAUGAUCAUCUGUGCACGCUGCUCGCGCACUCCGGCCCGUACCACGUCAUCCGCUUCGACAACCGUGACAUCGGUCGCAGCACCCACCUUGACGGCUGCAAGGGUGGUGAAGGUGCGUUGUCGAUGGGCUCAACCAGUUAUCUGCGCUACGCCUACGCGCUGCUGCGUCCAGGCACGCGAACAAUUCGUGAGGUCUACACACUUACUGAUAUGGCAGCCGAUGCAUUUGGCUUGCUCGACGUGUUGGGCAUACACUUCGUCCACCUUGUCGGGUCGUCCAUGGGCGGCAUGAUUGUGCAAAGCAUGGUGUUGAUGCAUCCUGAACGCGUCCUUUCGCAAACACUCAUGUCCACCCACUCGAGCUCGCCCUGCGCGCAGUGGCCAACAAUGCGUGACAUGAUGAGCUUUAUCUCGCUCAUGCCAAAGUCAACGUCGGCCAAGUACGAGAGUCGCAUCGCGCGAGCCAUGAGCCCAGAGGAGCGACAGCGGCUGUGCGCGGAGAGGGAUGCGGAGCGAGUGGCGGUUUACGCGGACAGCUUUUCCAAGCUGCUAGAAAAACUCUCAGGUGACCAGAGCAAGUAUUCAUUCGAUCUUGUCGCAGCGCAGCGGCAGAUGACACGUAUCUUCAAGCGCAGCCUCUAUGUGAAUGGCGGUCCACGCCAGUUUCUGGCGAUGCUGAACGCGCCGUGCCGCGACGACGCGCUGCGACAGCGCAUCACCAGCGUACCGGUAUCGCAAGACAGGGCGGAGGGCAACGAUGACAACAGCAGCAGACAUAAAUCGACCUCUGCGGCCGCGACGCCGUUAUACGUGCCCACCAUCAUCAUCCAGGGUGACUGCGACCCGCUCGUGCCUGCCUCUAACGCGCGCCACCUAGCCUCUGUGAUACCGGGUAGUCACCUGUGCGUGGUGGAGGGCAUGGGCCACACCUUGAUUCCCGCCCUGAGGAACACGUACAUCCGAAUUAUACGUGAUAACGUGCGCGCUGGCGAAGCUGCCGCGAAGUUGCGAGGACGAAAGGCUCAGCUGUCUGCUGCUGCUGUUGGUUCGUCCUCCACGAAGCAACCAGUGACGACCGUCUCACAACUUUAA